AUGACCGAAACAACUUCAAUUGCUACGCGUCAUGAUGAUACGAGUUCCAAACAGGCUUCUCCGACGACGAAUCUAGCUCAUACCGACGCACAGCAGGUUAUCGUUCAGCAGGAAAUGGGUCCAUCGGUGGUGCCGCAGUCUGGGCUAGUGAGUGAAGAGAAUGGUGAAAUUUCUCAGAAGGAGCAUUCGGAAGCUCAGCAGACGAAGGGCAGCGAGGAAGAGGUCAGAGCUGUGCGCCAGCAUCAGAAAGAACAAGAAAAACUCGAGAAAAUACGCAAGAAAGAACAGGACAAGCGCGAUCGUGAGCUAAAGCGCGAGCUAGAAAAACUGGAAAGGGAGAAUAAGAAACAGGAGGACAAACAGCGGAAAGAGCUUGAGAGGAAAGAGCGGGAAUUGAAGAAAAUAGAGGAGAAACGUAGUCGAGAGUUGAAAAGAGAGCAAGAGAAACAGGAGCGCGAACAACGCAAAGAGGAAGAAAAGCGCAAGAAAUUGGAGGAGAAAACGAAACGCGAAGAAGACAAGCGGCAGAAAGAGGAGAUGAUUGGUAAGAAUCAGACCAAGAUCGGUAGCUUUUUCAAGAAAUCCAGCUCUUUGAAAAGCAUUGUAGACACGAAGAGUGAUUACGAAAAAUGCUUUUUGCCAUUUUACGUCAAAGAUGGUUUCGUAAUGGGACCAAAUUUCGCGCUUUCUCCAGAGUCAUUGCUGUCGUCUGUGUCUGCAAUAGACGCCCAAUUGAAGCUCGAGAGCACACCAGAUGAGAAUAGGGCAUGGCUUUUAUCUCAAACGCCUUUGAGACCCAAAUGUACCGAAAACACUGCCGUAGAGCUGGUCCAAUUGAUGACAAGUAAAUCCAAGAGCAAUCAAGAAUUAGAUGAAAGACUGCGACAAAUCCCACAGAGGUUUAUAAAGUUUUACGAAAACGUAAGACCGCCAUACGUCGGAACGUUUUCUAAUUUUCUAAAGCUACCUCGCGACAAUCCCUUCGCUUUUGAAAACACCGGUAUCAAUUACGACUACGAUUCUGACUGGGACUGGGUCAACGAAGAGGAGGAAGAAGGCGGCGAUGUAGAAGAUUUGGAGGACGGGGACGACGAAGAUGAAGAUGAGGAGUUGGACGAUGGUACAGAAGACGAAUUCGACGGGUUUCUAGAUCGUGAAAGCUCGCAGCUUCCGAAAGACGGUAAGAAAUUUCUGGGUCCCUUAAUACCAAUAGUCAAGAUGCGUUCUCAGAAGAUCCACAUGGAUUCCGAGGAUCAGCGUUACUUUCAACUUGUCAGCGUCCAGCAUCUUAUUCCAGAAGAGCCCUUCCCAAUUAAUGUGUACAAUUCGCCUCACACGGCCGCGGGAGCCACCAAAAAGAGGCCGCUUGAUGCAAAUGGGCAAACUGGAGGUCAAUCCCCAAUGUCUCAACUCCCCAGCAUUCAGCACAGCCCUGAAUCCUCAAACCAAAACUCGCCCGUCCCUGCGAAGAAACCGAAAUCAAUCAUCUCCGAGCCACAGGCGCUUCUCAAAAUUUUUUCAGAGGUUCACGAAAGCACCUACUCUCUUGGAACACUCACAGAAAUCAUUCAAAAGCAGCUUCUAGACCAUACUAAGGCUGCCAUUCGGGACACUAUCAAAGAGCACACAACUAGGCCAUCCGUAAAGGCAGGAAGCUCGCGAAAAUGGCUGGUAAAAGAUUCCAGUUUGUGGGAAUCUUUGAAAAAACAAUAA